AUGGCCAUCCCAUUCGAUAUUGAUCCCUAUGAAGUAUUAGGUGUAGAUGUCAAAGCCAGUCCGGUAGAUGUCAAAAAAGCCUAUAAGAAACUCAGUUUAAAAUACCAUCCAGACAAAAUUCAACAAUUACAAAAAUCUCAUGAUGCUGACAUAUUCCCAAAAAUUCAAUUUGCAUAUAGCAUUUUAUCUGAUCCCCAGAAAAGAAGCAGAUUUGAUCAUACAGGUUCAUUAGAGGAAGGAGGAGAUUUCGACUGGAAAGAAUAUUUCGAUGGUAUUAAUGAAAAAAUCACCAUUGAAAUGAUUGAAGAAGAUAGAGUUAAAUAUCAAGGUAGUGAGGAAGAGAAAGACGAUAUAUUCCAAAAUUUUGUAUAUUACGAUGGAGAUUUCCUCAAACUUUUUGAAGUUAUACCCCAUUUGGAGUUUGAUGAAAUAUCCGAAGAAAGAAUCUUUCACAUUAUUGAAGGUUUAAUAGAAGAAUUCCCUCAAGAAACCAAAAGUUGCAUCAAAUCUUGGGAUAAGUAUAAGAAGUCACGUAAGACCAAAGUCAAGAAUAAAUUGAAGAAGUUGGCAAAAGAAGCCAAAGAAGCUGAAGAAUUAGAGAAGAUGAUCAAGAAUAAGUAUCAAAAUAAUGAUUUAAAAUCCAUAAUCAAAUCUAGACAAAAGAAUAGAUUGGAUGAUUUGAUUAGUAACUUAGAAUCAAAGUAUGUAGAUAAGAAGGGUAAGAAAAGACAAGAGAUGAAUGAUGAAGAGUUUAAUAGAAUCCAACAAGGAAUGAAGAAGAAAAAGAGAGUUUAA